GAGAACACAUACAUACAUUGUAGAGACAAGUUAUAAUUAGAGCAAAAAAUGAGGGGUUUUCAUAUUCAUACAGAUUUUCUUAGGGUGUCCGUUUUAUUCUGCUUCCUCUUAUUUCUCGGAGAGGCUAGUACCGGAGAUGAUCAGGAGAGAGAAGUUUAUGUAGUGUACAUGGGAGGUGUUCCAGAUGAUACAUCUGGGGACAGCUUGAGGGAGAGUCACAUUCGGCUUCUUCGUUCAGUUUUGACAAGGGGGCUGAAUAUUGAGAAGACAAUAAUCCGAAGCUACAAAAAUGGAUUCUCCGGGUUUGCCGCGAAAUUGACAAAGGACGAGGCCCAGGCCCUCAGGAGAAAGGCCGGCGUUGUGUCGGUGUUUGCCGACCCGAUUUACCAGCCUCACACUACACGUUCGUGGGAUUUUUUGCAGCAGACGGCAGUGGUGGUCGACUCGAGUCCAAAUUCAGACGGCACAACCCCAUCACCAGCACCUCCUGCGUACGACCCCAUCAUCGGUCUUCUUGACACAGGCAUAUGGCCGGAAUCGGAGAGCUUCAAUGAUGAAGGGUUUGAACCAAUUCCUAGUCGAUGGAAGGGAGUUUGCAUGGAAGGCAGUGAGUUCAAUGCGUCCAACUGCAACAGGAAGCUGAUCGGCGCCAGAUACUACGAUACCGACGAGGCGGCGCUGACGAAGCCGACCACGUCCCCCCGCGACGAACUCGGCCACGGCACCCACACUUCCUCCACGGCCGCGGGCGCCCACAUCCCCUCCGCUUCCUUCUACGGCCUCGCCCCGGGCUCCGCCCGGGGGGGCGCCCCGUCCGCGCGCAUCGCCAUGUACCGCGUCUGCUCAUUUUUCGGGUGCGCCGGCUCCGCCAUCCUCGCCGGCUUCGACGAUGCAGUAGCCGACGGCGUCGACCUCCUCUCCAUUUCCCUCGGCGCGUCUGCGUUCAACCUCCCCGAUUUCUCCGAGGACCCCAUCGCCAUCGGCGCUUUUCAUGCUGUGGCGAGAGGGAUCACCGUCGCGUGCUCCGCCGGGAACGACGGGCCCGGGGCCGAGUCGGUGGUGAACGCCGCACCGUGGAUCCUCACCGUCGCAGCCACCACCAUUGAUAGGGACUUCGAGUCGGAUAUUGUGCUGGGCGGGAACCGGAGCGCGGUCAAGGGUGAAGCUAUAAACUUCUCUAGUUUGGACAAGUCCCCAACUUAUCCACUAAUCUAUGGUGCAUCGGCAAAGUCCAAUUCAAGUUCGGAGGAUUCAUCUGCAAGUCAUUGCGAGCCGGGCACAUUAGAUGGAAACAAGAUUAAAGGGAAGAUAGUACUAUGCAAUCACUCGCAAAGUGACACACCAAAGAUGGCGAAGAUAGACACGUUAAAUAGCACAGGAGCAGUCGGAGCAAUCUUAGUGAAUGAUUUAGAACAACAUGUCGCGACUACUUACGUUAGCUUUCCUGCGACAGAGAUCUCCUCGCAGGCUGCUGAGGAUGUUCUUGCCUACAUAAACUCAACAAAGAACCCGGUAGCGACGAUCUUACCGACAAUAACCGUGACGAAGUAUAAGCCAGCACCUGCUGUGGCAUAUUUCUCUUCUAGGGGUCCUUCAUCUCAGACGAGCAACAUCCUUAAACCAGAUAUAGCUGCUCCUGGAGUGAACAUUCUGGCAUCAUGGAUCCCAACAUCUGAAGUCCCAGUAGGCCAGAAGCCUUCGCAGUUUAAUCUAGUCUCUGGCACUUCCAUGGCCUGCCCUCAUGUUGCCGGAGUCGCUGCGACCAUAAAAGCUUGGAACCCUACAUGGACUCCUGCUGCUAUCCGGUCGGCCAUCAUGACCUCAGCAACGCAGGUAAACAACGAUAAGGACCCAUUAAAAACUGAUUCAGGAUCAGAAGCAACUCCUUAUGACUACGGUGCGGGAGAAGUAAAUCCGAACAGCGCGCUUCAACCGGGCCUAGUGUAUGAACUGGGGCCCAGCGACUACAUACAGUUCCUCUGCCACUAUGGAUACGACUCAUCCACGAUUCGUCGCAUAACAGCCAUUCCAGAUGGAUUCGAGUGCCCAAAGAAUGCGAGCAAAGACUUGAUCUCUGACCUUAAUUACCCCUCCAUUGCCAUCUCUAAUCUCAGCUACAAGGAGAGCAGGACGGUGAAACGAUCGGCUACAAAUGUUGGAUCAGAAGAAGAAUCUACGUACUCGGUGAGCAUUAACUCUCCUCAAGGGUUGGAUGUGAAGGUGAUACCGGAUAAGCUUCAGUUCGGAAAGAGCAGCAAGAUGCUGAGUUUCCAAGUGACCUUCUCUGCUCAGAGCUCUUCGGCGAAGGGCGAUCUCUUCGGGUCGAUUAUCUGGUCGGAUGGGACUCACAGAGUUCGAAGCCCGUUCGUAGUGAGAGUCGCUUCAUAAGGCUGUAAACAAUUCCACUAUGACAGAGGAGGUAGAAGGCUGUACCAAACGUAACCUCUGUAAUAAGAUUACGCAUAACUCAUCAAGGUUAAGGUUGCUGCACAAUGUUUAAGGAAAGGUUUUUCCUUGUAUUAUCUCACACAGCACAAAUGGAUUAUGCGGUCUUCUUGUCA